UAUCCCAGUAGACCCUUUUGAAGAUGCAGAUCUUGUCGAACCAAAGCACCAUGUAGCAGAGAUCAGGUGGUGUGAGGUUCAGGGCUACCUGAUGGACUUUUUGAGAGGGCGUGGACAGAUACCAUCUCGGUCAGCAAACCUCUUGCAUGUCCUAGGUUCUGUAACUGCUUUAUGCUGUGUUGACAAGAAAGGUAUUCUGUCAUGGCCAAACCCAACAGCAGAGAAAAUUUUCUUCCUUCGAAAUUCUUCUCAUACAGCUUGCUCAUCAGGUACAAACAGUGUAGUGCAUAUUGACCCACUGCAGACUGGGAUAUUGGAAGAGGAUGAGCAAGAGGAAGGCAUGUCAAAGUCCAGCUUCAUGCAGCAUGAUUAUAAUUCAACACAAACAGUGGCAGAGGUCCUCGAUUUAACGCAUGACCACAUGAGCCCCUUCCGUCUUCAGUUUGAUGACCACACCUGGAAACAGCAUCUGAACUCAUUGAAACCUUUAGGGUUGGCAAUCUUGCUCAACACCUGCAACAAGGCCACACAGGAGAACUACACACAGUUUUGUUCUCAUGUUACAUGUGAGGCCCUCUAUGAUGAAGAUCUUGUCCCUGUUACCAACCGCAGGAAAGCAAAUCUCUCAGAGGACAUGGCUGUGCUGCUGCCAGGAGCAAAUAAAUGCCUGUGUGAGUUGGCAAAACAGAUUGGGUUCAUGGACGAAGCACAAGACGUCUUUAAACUGGAGGAGCAACUUUCCACCUUCAGGCAUGUGCAACCAGAAGUUGUCCGUCGGGACAUAAAGUUUGCUCGUUCGUUAUCAAUGGCAAAGCUGAAGUUUCCAUUUCCUCACAUGGUGGCUGUGAUCAUGCGGGAACAGACUCAUGGUGAUUUGCAGCUCAUGUCACAGGGGACAGCUGACAUUAUUCUUGACUCUUGUGUUGACUAUUGGGAUGGUCAUGACCUCUGCCCCUUGUCUCCUGCUGACAGGAAGAAAGUACAGGAUUUCUACCAGCGAACCAGCCUUACUGCAUACUGCACUGCAUUUGCAUAUCGGCCAUUGACACGAGGGGUAAGCAGUCACCUGUCACAAGUGUAUCUGGAGCUGCCUGCUGACAGUAAGCACCUGUAUGUGCCUCAUCGGAGUCCAACGCCACUUGCUUGGGAUUUCCGCAGUGUACUGGAUCCACAUUGCAGAGGAAUGCUCGGGCACUUUCACUCAACAGAUUCUCUUCUUGGAAGUGAAACCCAUGAGGAGGACGUGAGUGAUGUGGAGGGUUGCUUUGAGCUGCAGUGUAAUCAAGUGUUUAUUGGGAUGGUUACAAUGCAAUACCAGGCCCAAAUAGACAUGGUCCAGCUAAUAGAACAGUUGGAACGAGCAUGUAUUCGAUUUGUUCACUUCAGUAAGGAGAAUGAGUUACGGUCACGAGUGUUCUCAGAAAAGAUGGGCUUGGAGAGUGGGUGGAAUUGCCACAUCUCUCUCCUGAGUGAGCGUAAUAGUCAACUAUGCCCAAGAAGGAUCUACAGGUCUGACAGUGGCCACUCUGAGACUGCAACUAGUACUGGUGUAACUGCCAUGUCUGCUGUGACGAGUGGCACUGCCCCAGCUCACCACUGCUGUCGUCUCUCUUCUUCUCCCUCAUCUCUCCCUAAGUAUAACACUGACCAACCAGACAGCAACGCUGUUGGUGAACCUGCCCAUCACGAAGAACGUGUCAGCUUGCUCAGUGCUCGCACCAACAUUGGAAACUCCCGUACUCUAAGUUUCUCUGCUCCAAGUGCAAUCAACCUAGAGUUCUCACAAGUUAAGUUUGAAGAAGAGAAACGUGACUGGAUUGAUGAGUCACUGCCUGACAAAUCUGCCACAAACCACAGCAAGGAUCAUCAGAACCAUGGAUCAAGUCAGGACAGUGUUCUGUUGCACAGCAUGGAACUUCCUUCUCAGCAGGACACGUGGCGCUCCCUCAGCUGCCUUACAGACAGCACUGAGCAGAGUGCACCUAUCAACUUUAUCAUGUCCAAUCGGGCAAAGCUGCCUCGAGGGAUUGACAAGAUACGUCCCCAUCUAGAGCAGAUAGACAACGUUCCACUCUUAGUGUCACUGUUCACUGAUUGUACACCUUCAGCGACCCGGGAAAUGCUCCACAUUAUGCAGGAGUAUGGAGAAGUGGUCUGUGUCAUUGGUUCCUCUGCCAAUGCAGACAACAUGCCCAUUUUUCUACAAGCAGAUGCAAGCUUAGCAGUAGAACCAUUGUAUCCUCAAGUGUGCCAGAAGAUUGCUGUGUUCAAAGAGACUACCCCUGAUCAAGGUCCGUCACCUGUCGAAUUGAGUCGCAGUCUUAACUCCAUUGCUUGCUCCAUCAGUUUUCGGAGGGAGGACCCUAUUUCAAUUUUCCACCUCAUCAUGGAGUCCCGCCAUUACAUGCAGUGUGUUUGGAAUUGUGUACAAUUCUGGGUGUGCUGUGGUGUAACAGUGAGUGCAGUACAGGUGCUUGGGAUCCUCCUCAUGCUGCCACCUCUCCUCAAGACAGGAUCUGUGCUGUGGUUGGUAUGCCUGGUUGUCCCUCUUCUCUCACUUUCUUUGGUUACCAACCCAACAGACCCACAAGUCAUGCAGCGUGCAACUGGCAAGAAUCAGUGUGUUGUUGAUGCGCAGAUUUCAGUGUUUGUGUUAUGGUGCUAUGGUUCCAAGUUCCUGCCAACCAUAUUCAUAGUUCUACUGUUUUACACCGUUACAUUAUCCUCCUUGUGUGGAGAAAUUGUUAUCAUUACAAACACAACUUGCACCAUGGUGUAUCCCAUGCCGGCAGUCAGUGUUCCUCUGGAACGGUGGGGAGGUUGGGACAGAUAUCAGUACAGUCUGCUCACAUCACAACAUGCCGCACUUGUCCUUCUGGUGCUCCAUUUUGUGACCAUAUCAAUAAGCUUUGUGGAACGUGAAUACUCCAUCUGGCAUAAAAGUCCACAUCACAACAGGAUCUGGUUGUUAAUUGUGAUUAUCACGUUAAGUCUGCAAAUCAUGUAUACUGGGAUCUCUCUGAGUAAUAAUAAUACUCCAGCACAGUUCGGUAUAGGACACAUUCCCUGGCAUGUCCUGACUCUUGGUUUGGUGUCAUCGCUGCUUGUCUUUUUAAUUAAUGAACUGGUGAAACGAGAAGAGAUCAAGGUAAAUGUCAGAUACCAGAAACGAGCCCGCCUGGAGUUUGGAACGAAAUUAGGAAUGAACUCGCCAUUCUAGGGAGGUGCUGUACACUUAUGAAAACAUGUGCUAAUUGUGGUUCUUAAGUUAUGAUAGUGUAGUUUCAGGGGUCCCACUUUGUGGCUUUACAUUGAAGGACAUGGCUAGACAGAUGUGAAUAAAUAUGUGAAAUCAUGCAGAGUAA